UGCAACGUAGACUCCUAAACAAUAUAAAGCCAUCUAUUUCUAGCUUAAUGUGCCAUAUGCAGAGAGAUCAAAUUUUUCUGACAGAACUUAAAAAUUUGAUGAAACGACAUCUGGUGAUUAGCAGAACAGUGCAAAUGUUGAACAUAGUCUUCAGUCCGCAACUUCUUGCUACUAUAAUUUGGUUCUUCUCUGAACUGACUUUUGAAUUGUACUUCUAUAUAGUGCAUUGGCAAAAAGAGUUGCAUUUUAGUGUUGAUGGGCAUUUUCUUGAUAUGUUUGUAACAAAUGUAGCAAAUUAUUCUGUAAAACUACCCCUACUUGUGUGGGCUUGCGAGACUGGCAAAAAUCAAGCUCAAAAGAUUAGCACUACUAUUUACGACGUACUUAAUAGCACAUCAGAUAAGCAAAUCAAAGCAGAGUUACAUACGUUUUCGUUGCAAAUACUGCAUUGCAAAAAUAUAUUUUCGGCGAAAGGUCUUACUGUAGACGCAACGCUUCUCACAGCAGUGAGUAAUCAAUUAUAG